CCACAUCCGUAUUGUCGCGGUAUUCCUAUUCCCGCGGUAUUUCGAUUGCGCCCCCUACGCGUUGUUUACCUGUCAGAGUUGGUGACCCAAUUUCUUUCGACGUCAGAAAUUUGUAUUUUCAACGACCAUGAGCAAUAUUUUGGAAAUAAGAAGUGGUAAGAAGCCAUACGACAAGGAAAACUUAAAGAGAGCUUUCCAAGCAUCUCUGUCAGGCAUGUCGGUUUAUAGGGCAAGCAGGUUGUAUGGGGUUCCAGAAUCCACACUAAGGGAUAGAACCAGGCAUAAUGUAACCCUAGACUGUAGGUCAGGUCCUGUCCGUCUCUUCAAUGAUGAAGAAGAAAAACUGCUUGUAGAUCACAUCAUUCACAUGGCCAACAUUGGAUACGGCUACACAAUUAGCAACAUACAAUAUAUGGCUGCUGAUUAUGCUCGGUCACUUGGGAAAUCAGUGAAAGCGAGGGAAGGUCUUAGUCAGAAUUGGUUUUAUGCAUUUUUGGGAAGAUGGGAACAACUGAAAGUUGUGGCUCCACAAAAGCUUGGCAUGGCUCGUGCGAAAGCGGCAUCCAAAGAAAAUAUUGGCAAUUACUUUCAAGAACUUGAAAAAGUUCUGAUUGAAAACAAUUUGCUUAAUGCACCGGAACGAAUUUUUAACGUUGACGAGUCAGGCUUAUCAACAGAACACAGUCCUCCCAAGAUUGUUUGUGAUAAAGACACAGUUGCACAAGCCAUUACAUCCCCAAGGACGAAGAAUAUCACUAUCAUCGGGGCAGCAAACGCCGUAGGGAACCAUGUACCACCUUUCUACAUCUUCCCAGGAAAAAGGUGGUCAGAUGAUCUUUUAGACGAUGCGUUGCCAGGCUCUUCCGGUGGCAUGUCAGAUAGUGGUUGGAUUAACAGAGGCCUUUUUGAGCGUUAUCUGUCUGAGCAUUUUUCAAAACAUGUGAAGCUCGACAAAAAUGCCCCUCCUACUCUGAUCUUAUAUGACGGGCACAAAUCGCAUUUAUCUUUAACUCUGACAGAAUGGGCAAAAGAAAAUAAUGUUCUUUUGUUUGUUCUACCGCCCCAUUCAAGCCAUCUGACACAGCCCCUUAACGUUGGUGUUUUUGGACCACUAAAAAAGUACUACUCUCAUGAAUGCCAUUCAUAUAUGCAUAGUAACCCUGGAGUCAGUGUUACAAGAUAUGAAGUUGCCAGACUGACCUCCCGACCUUACGCAAAAUCAUUUUCCCCGGAUAACAUUAUUUCAGCUUUCCGAAAAUCGGGCAUCUACCCAUUUGACAAGAACAUGAUAACUGAACAUCAGACUGCUCCCUCGACUAUUUACUUCGAUGAAGAAAGAGGAGACGCAGAUGUCGCACCGUUAGCCGAGCAAGUUGAAACUGAAACUUCGAAUAAAGAACGGACAACCACUGCAAAAAGCUUCCUUGAAAACAGAACCAUAACGCACAUUGUUCAAAGACCCAAAAAGAAAUUUACGCCACCUAUAAAAGUUAUUGGAAACCUUAUGUCAGAGAAAAAUACUGACAUACUGAAAAGUUUGCAGGUAAAAAAACCCUCAAACAACUCAAAGGCUGUGGACAGUACAAAUAUAGUGGCUUCACUGAUAACCGUUUCCAAUCAAACGUCACAAAUAACAUCACCAAAGCCGUCAACAGCAACCUGUCAUGACGCCAGCCAAGCACACAAUAUUUCAUCGUCUGAUGAAUCCAUCUACGAUUUGUGUUGCGCGUGUAGACAAAGUCUUCCACCACAGCUCGUUAACUUUCCUGAUGUGAAGUUAAUCAAAUGGGGACAGUGUGAUGUUUGUAAACAUUGGGUACAUCUGGCACACUGUACACCUGUGAAAGUGCUCAGAAGAGGAAGCACCUUUAGGUGCAUCCAUUGUCCGGAGGAGUAGACUAUUAAUGUGGUGCAGUUCAAAGUAUUGUUAAACUGUUAAUGUUCAUGUUAAAAUCAAGUUUAAUGUUUCAUAAUUAAUGUUACUACUCCUCAAAGUUAAGUUUCUAUGCAGAAAGUUUAUAUUGAUUGUGAUUUAGUGACCUAACGCCUGUUGACCUAAUUACCGCGAGAAUAUGAAUAUAACGUCAUGUACACAUCAGUGUACAGUGUGAUGUAUUAACUGAUUGACACGAACAAGAAACAUGAAGUAUAAAUAAAUUUUUGAUAGACAUCACUGGAAAAGGUGUUUAUCUUCGGACAGGAAUCCAUAAUUUAUCAAUUACUGCACGGUGUAUAAACCAAUUGUAUCAUCCCAGGAUGCUGCGAUGUGAUUUUCAUGGCGUAACGGCAAUAUGUACAUACCACUGUUAAUUUUGAUACAAAUCCAUGGAUUAAUACUGCAAAAAUAUUUUGCCCAUAAACAACGGAUUGCAAGAGUUUCCUACAAAUCUUGUGAAACCUAGCACGUUGUAAGAAACGCCAUCGAACGAAACUAGCUUGAAACAGCGGCCGGGACAGCGGGUGGGAUGUAAUCGGGAGCGUGAUAUGAAUAUGUGGAUAGACCAAGGAAAUCAUACAUAUCUUGCCUUGCGGGCCAUGCUUGCGUCUCAGAAAUUAUCUCAUACAUGCUGAUAGGACCUGUAAUCUAUUAUAGGAAUAUUUGCCUCCCUGGAAUGAACAUUUAAGGAAUACUUAUCCCGGGCAAAUACGAGCACUAACAUGGCUCCUGUGGUGAAAGUAAUGAUUCAAUUUAAUUGCUUGAUGACUAGUCGCAGAAAUCUAUACUCUGCUAGGUCGAUACUCAAAUUCCCUUCAACAAUUUAUUUUCCUAAAUUGAUUCCAUAAAUGUUACUUAUUUUGCUUUUUAAUAGAUAUUACUGUAGCAUAUACCCAUAUAUAUUUAAAUUUUUUUUUCAUGUGUAACAGCAUGUUGUUGUAGUGUUAACACAUUCGUUAUCUUAUUAUUUUUGCUUUUAAAAUAAAAUAUUUUCAGUUUUAA